UGUGGGCGGCGGGCACGCGGUCUCCGGCGCGCUCCCGACCGUGAGGCGGCGCGGCCCCGACGGCCGGCGACGACGACGACGACGACGACGACGAGGAGGAGGAGGGUGAGGAGGAGGGUGAGGAGGAAGAUGAGGGGACCGUCGUUGCUGGGGCUGUGGCUGCUGUGGUCCGGGCUGCUGGCGCCGGUAUUCGCCCAGUCGUGCGUGUGGUACGGGGAAUGUGGGAUAGCCUCUGGAGACAAGAGGUAUAAUUGCGAAUAUUCCGGUCCGCCCAUACCGUUGCCAGAAGAUGGAUACGACUUAAUCCAGGAACUCUGUCCAGGUCUUUUCUACGGUAACGUUAGCCUUUGUUGCGAUGUUCAGCAGCUGCACACCCUGAAGGACAAGCUGCAGCUGCCGCUCCAGUUCCUGUCCAGGUGUCCGUCCUGCUUCUACAACCUGAUGAACCUCUUCUGCGAGCUGACGUGCAGCCCCCGCCAGGGCUGGUUCCUGAACGUCACCGCGACGGGAGCCUUUGUGGACCCCGUCAGCAAUGCCACCAAAGAGAACGUCCAAGCCCUGGAGUACUACAUCGGGAAGAGCUUCGCCGACGCCAUGUACAACGCCUGUCGCGACGUGGAGGCUCCGUCCAGCAACGACAAGGCCCUGGGGCUGCUGUGCGGGAGGGACGCCAAGGACUGCAAUGCCACCAACUGGAUCGAAUACAUGUUCAACAAGAACAACGGGCAGGCGCCUUUCACCAUCACUCCCGUCUUCUCCGACGUUCCUGUCCGAGGGAUGGUCCCCAUGAGCAACGCAACCAGAGGCUGCAACGAGUCCGUGGACGAGACCACGGGACCGUGCAGCUGCCAGGAUUGUUCUAUUGUGUGCGGUCCCAAACCCCAGCCCCCACCACCGCCUGUCCCGUGGAGGAUCUUUGGUUUGGAUGCCAUGUAUGUCAUCAUGUGGCUUUCCUACAUGGGGUUUCUGUUUGUGUUCUUUGGAGCGUUCUUCGGAAUCUGGUGCUACAGGAAACGGUAUUUUGUCUCCGAGUACGCACCCAUCGACAGCAAUAUAGCUUUUUCGGUCAACGCCAACAGUGACAAAGGCGAGGCCUCCUGCUAUGAGCGCCUGGGGGAGACGUUCGAGAGUGGGUUGAGGUGGGCGUUUUCCCGGUGGGGGUCUCUGUGCGUCCGCCACCCGCUGCCCGUCGUGGCGGCAUCCCUGGCGUUCAUCGCGGCCUGCUGCUCGGGCCUGGCGUCCGUCCGGAUCACCACGAAUCCGGUGGACCUGUGGUCGGCCCCCGACAGCCAAGCCCGCCGGGAGAAGGAGUACUUCGACACGCGCUUCGGCCCGUUCUUCCGGACGGAGCAGCUGAUCAUCCGGGCCCCCGGCACGCCGCGGCACACGUUCUCCCCGUACCCCUCCGGGGCCGACGUGCCCUUCGGGCCACCGCUCGACAAAGCCAUACUUCACAAGGUGCUGGACUUGCAGACGGCCAUCGAGAACAUCACUGCUUCCUACGGCAAUGAGACGGUGCGCCUCCGAGACAUCUGCUUGGCCCCCCUGGCCCCCUACAACGACAACUGCACCAUUCUGAGCCUGCUGAACUUCUUCCAGAACAGUCACGCCGUCCUCGACCACGAGAUCGAGGAUAGUUUCUUUGUCUACGCAGAUUACCACACCCACUUCCUGUACUGCGUCCGGGCUCCCGCGUCCCUGAACGACACGAGUUUGCUCCACGACUCCUGCCUGGGCACGUUUGGAGGGCCGGUUUUCCCCUGGCUGGUGCUGGGGGGCUACGAUGAACAAAACUACAACAACGCCACCGCCCUGGUCGUCACCUUUCCCGUCAACAACUACCACAACGACACGGAGAAGCUGCGCAGAGCGGAGGCGUGGGAAAAAGAAUUCAUCCGCUUCGUCCGAGACUACAAGGACCCAAACCUCACCAUCUCCUUCUCCGCCGAGCGAAGCAUCGAGGACGAGCUGAACCGCGAAAGCAACAGCGACAUCUUCACGGUCGUCAUCAGCUACGCCGUCAUGUUCCUCUAUAUUUCCCUAGCGCUGGGGCACAUCGGGAGCUUCAGCAGGCUUCUGGUGGAUUCUAAAAUCUCCCUGGGCAUCGCUGGCAUCCUGAUCGUGUUGAGUUCGGUGGCCUGUUCCCUGGGGAUCUUCAGCUACGGGGGAAUCCCCCUCACGCUCAUCGUGAUCGAAGUCAUCCCGUUCCUGGUGCUCGCCGUCGGCGUUGAUAACAUCUUCAUCCUCGUCCAGACGUUUCAGCGAGACCAGCGCCUUCAAGGGGAGACGCUCGAUGCCCAGAUGGGCCGGAUCCUGGGAGAAGUGGCCCCCAGCAUGUUCCUGUCGUCGUUUUCGGAGACCGUGGCCUUCUUCUUAGGGGGGCUGUCGACCAUGCCAGCGGUGCACACCUUCUCCCUCUUUGCCGGGAUGGCCGUCUUCGUCGACUUCCUCCUGCAAAUCACCUUCUUCGUGAGCCUCCUGGGACUGGACGUGAAGCGUCAAGAGAGGAACCGCCUGGACAUCCUGUGCUGCGUCCGAGGCGGAGACGAGGAGGCCGGCGGCCAGGCUUCCCAGGGCUACUUGUUUCAGUUCUUCAAAAACGUCUAUUCUCCGCUCCUGCUGAAGGACUGGAUGCGGCCCCUCGUAGUGUCCGUAUUCGUGGGCAUCUUGUCAUUCAGCAUAGCCGUGCUCAACAAGGUGGAAAUCGGCCUGGACCAGUCCCUCUCGAUGGCGGACGACUCGUACGUGCUGGAUUACUUCAAGGCCCUCGGUCAGUACCUGCACGCGGGCCCCCCGCUCUACUUCGUGCUAGAAGAAGGCCACGACUACACCACUUUGGAAGGCCAGAACAUGGUGUGCGGCGGGAUGGGCUGCAACAACGACUCACUCGUGCAGCAGGUUUUCAACGCAGCAGAGCUGGACAAUUAUACGAGGAUCGGCUUCGCGCCCUCUUCCUGGAUCGACGACUAUUUUGAUUGGGUGAAGCCCCAGUCUUCCUGCUGCAGAGUCCACAACGGCACGGACCUGUUCUGCAACGCUUCAGUCGUCGACCCUUCCUGCAUCCGCUGCCGCCCCCUGACCCCGGAAGGCAAGCAGAGGCCUCAGGGGUCUGACUUCCUGCACUUCCUGCCCAUGUUCCUCUCGGACAACCCCAACCCCAAAUGCGGCAAAGGGGGCCACGCAGCCUACUCCGCCGCGGUCAACCUCGGCAACGGCAGCGCCGGCGUCGGCGCCACCUACUUCAUGACUUUCCACACGGUGCUCAAGACCUCCGCCGACUUCAUCGACGCCCUGCGGAAAGCCCGCACCGUCGCCCACAACAUCACCGAGUCCAUGGGCCUCCGGGAGGGCGGCUACCGGGUCUUCCCCUACAGCGUGUUCUACGUCUUCUACGAGCAGUACCUGACCAUCGUGGGGGACACGAUCUUCAACCUGGGCGUGUCCCUGGGGGCCAUCUUCCUGGUGACGGCGCUGCUCCUGGGCUGCGAGGUGUGGGCGGCCGUGGUCCUGUGCCUCACCAUCGCCAUGAUCCUCGUCAACAUGUUCGGGGUCCUGUGGCUCUGGGGCAUCAGCCUCAACGCCGUGUCGCUGGUCAACCUGGUCAUGAGCUGCGGGAUCUCGGUGGAGUUCUGCAGCCACAUCACCCGGGCGUUCACCCUGAGCACCCGGGGCAGCCGCGUGGAGCGGGCGGAGGAGGCCCUCGCCAACAUGGGCAGCUCGGUUUUUAGCGGGAUCACACUGACCAAGUUCGGCGGGAUUGUGGUGUUGGCAUUUGCCAAGUCCCAGAUUUUCCAGAUCUUCUACUUCCGGAUGUACUUUGCCAUGGUCCUGCUGGGGGCCACCCACGGCCUCAUCUUCCUCCCGGUCCUACUCAGUUACGUAGGGCCGCCAGUAAACAGAGCAAGAUGCCGCGCGGCCCAGGAGCGAUCUAAAGGUACCGAGCGGGAGCGGCUCCUCUACUUCUAGCCCCAGCCGCGGGGGCACGGGCCCACCGCGGGUAACCGCCGGGACCCGACCGGGGCUAACGGCUGCGGCCCGCGGCUUCUC